GUUCGAUAUUUUCUAACUGAGUUCGAUGCUGUUCCAACGGACAGUACGUCGAGAAAAAUAAACGAAAAUCAAUUAAUCAGUCACCACAUUUUCAUCUGGAGACGUCGUCCUUUUCCGACCUCAACUGUCGCUUGGAAAGAUGCCAGACAGCGAGUGUGCGGAAAAGCUACUUGAGAUAUUAAAAAAUUAUCAGAUUUCGGCAAUAUGUGCUCGAGAUCUGCACAAACUGUCAACUGACACGGUUAUUUUUAUUUAUCAGGAAUUACUUAAGCCUUUGGGAGUUGACAUUCGAAAUUUAAGGAAACCAUUGAAAAGUGAAACUCAGUUUCAUUUGUCUCAUUACGAUACUGAUUUUAGGUUCAUUAUGAAACUUUAUUCAGCAAUUGCCGUAAUUCUGAAAGAAGCUUCUUCCUUUGAAUUUGAUCUGAUGGAUAUUUUAAAGCCAGGUCUCUCUCGGACUUUUACUGUAGUUGUUAUCCUUCAUAAUGUCAUCCUGUUCAGAAAUUCAAGAAAGGAAGUACUUGAUGAGAUAGUUGAACAGGCAAGUGAAAAAAUUGAAAAAUUCAGAAAAUUGGCAGCUCUUAAAGAAAAACUUAGGGAUGACAUUAAUUGUCAGUCAAAAUAUGCAGCAAAAUUAGCAGUGCAACAGGAACAGUUGAAGAACCAAAUAAAUGAUGCAGAAGGGAGAAUUUUCACUUCAAUUGAAGAAAGAGAAAACAUUACAGAAUCCAUAGAGCCCUUGAGUAAAACUCUGGCUGAGUACGAUAAUGAAAUCCGCAAGCUUGAGACUGAAGGUAUUAAGUUGGCGCAGACAAUUGAGAAUCUGAAGAAUCAAAUCGUAUCCUCCCCAGCACAAUUAGUACAGAAUCUAGAAAACCUGAAGGCAACAGAACAGCAGAAGAAAGAAGAAGAGCAUGCUAUUAGUGAAGGACUGCAACGGAAGAAAUCCCAUUUUGAAAACCUGGCCAACUGUGUGCAAGUGGCAAAUGCGGUUAUGGAAGAAAUAAAAGACAUAAAUAAAUUAAUUGAUGAAAUUAGAAAUGAGGAAAUGGAAUUGGAACGGUUAGAAAUGGAGAAAACAAAGUUGACUGAAGAAGUAAGUAUUAAAAAAGAAGUAAUAGGGUGGAUAAAGCAUACUGCAGUGGAACUUCAACAACAAAUUAAAGCUUCGAAGGAGCAUUUAGCUGAAAAAAUGGAGAAAGCUCAAGAGAAAGUGAUAGAACUUGACAAGAAGAUUGCACUAAAACUUAAAAACAUAGAAGAGAGUAUGCAUACAAAGCAAAAUAGUGCAAAAGAUCUUGAGGAAUAUAAAGUCAAAAUUACUAAGGAGGAGGAAAAACAAAGUUAUGCUCUGCUGAAAAUUGAAAAGGAAUCUGAAGAAAUUAUUCAGGAGGCGCAGGAGCUGAUCCAUGCAUUCAAUCACUUACGGCAAGCUGUUGCAGAACUACAAAGGUCGAAAAAGUGAUGGAACACGUCAACACACAUCAGCUUGUGGACGAGUAAUAGUGAUCUUUCUGCCUUUACCUCCAGCCAGCUACCACUUGAGAUAUUUUUUAUAUGUACAUUAUCCAGCUAGUUUUAAAACUGUACAAUAGUUAACUACUGGUGAAUGAGGGAUAAAUUUUUGUGUUUCCUUGACUCCAUAAAGUAUUGUUUUAACUCUUUGGAAAUCACAAUCUAAAAGCUAUUCAUAUUUUAGUUUAUAAAAAUAAGUGAUUUACUG